AUGAAUUAUCAAUCUUCUUUAUCAGUUCGUCCAUUAUCUAUUCCUCCUUUGAGCUAUGUUAUGGCAUCAACAUAUACAUCUGAAGUUGCAAAACAAUAUUUGAUUGCACAGAGUACUUUAUAUUCAAGAAAUCAUAUUGUUUUUACUUGUUCUGGUGGCAGUUCUAUGGACUAUAUAUUGGAAAAAGACAGAGGCUACAGUUACAGAUACAGUGAAGUAAACAGCAUGGGAGCAACAUGUUGUAUUGAUGCCAAUAGUCAAUUCGUUAUUGUUGAAAUUGAUGAAAGCAAAUUUGGAAAGAGAAAAUAUCACCAAGGACAUCGAGUAGAAGGUGUUUGGGUUCUGGGGAGUAUUGAGAAAACAGCAGAACGAAAAACAUUUUUGAUGACAGUUCCUCACAGAGAUGCUGCAACUUUCCUUCAAGUGAUAAAGAAGUAUACUGCAUAUGGGGGAUUGGCAUCAGUGAUUGAUAUGAACUAUACUCAUAGAACAGUCAAUCACAAUGUUGAGUAUGUUACAUCUGAUGAUAUUCAUAUUAAUACUAUAGAAGGUCUGUGGAAUGGAAUAAAAAUGAACUACAAGGCCAGAUUGCAAACAAAACAAAUGGUGCCAUGGAUGUUGAUGGAAUUCAUAUGGAGAAAAAAAUAUGAGAACAGAUUGUGGCAAGGAAUACUAAAAAUAUUAGCUGAGGUUUCUUUUGGAAGCAUUGUUGACAACCCAAUAUAUACAAAUUAUGAAUAUUUAGAAGAUGAUGAAGAUGAAGAAUAUACUGAUUCUACAAUAGUUUAA